AUGUCAAUUUUGUUUCUAUCAGAUUGUAUCCUUGACUUUGAUAUCGUGAUGAUUUCUUUUCUUUCACCUUUACUACUAAUCCUUUUAUCAACAGUCCUAUUUUCAAUUCACAGUUACCCAAUGAUUGUCAGUUCCGAUAUUGAUAAUUUAUCGCCUAGCCAAAUUAAUCGUCUCUGCUCGUACAUUUCCAACAUAGAAACAACGGACCAUUCAUCACGGGAGAAACGUUUUGCUGUACCUUUUCCAGACAUGAAUCGUUUUUUGUCAACUAGUCCUAAACUUCAUCAUCAUCAUCAACAACAAUCACAGAUAAAAAGUGGAACAGAAACCGGAGCGACAAAGGAGGAUUUUCACGCCUAUCUGUGCAGCAUUUCCAAAGAUUCCGAAGAAAUGUCAAAUUUUAUCAAUAUCUUCAUCGAAGAACAUGGGCAAGCACCUGCAUUCAACUUAUUUGAAUCAUGCGAACAAGUAGCGAAACGAGAUGACGGCCAAACAGAAUCAACUAUUCGACUGAAUGAACUUUCACAAGUGUGUUCGUCACGAUUUGCUAAACGAUGGCGAAAUUCAAUUGAAGGUCCAAUUGCUAUUGAUUAUAUCAAUCAAAUGCUCGAAGCUCGAAAAGUUAAAUCGUAUCCAUAUUCAGCUGAAAUGGAUCCGUAUUUAGUAGGAAGAUAA